AUGCCCGAGACCGCGUCGUCGCCCGUCAACGUGCUGCCCAAGUCGGACUCUGAUGCCACCAAGCCUGAGCAAGACGCGCUCGAGCCUUGCACCAACGGAGAUGACGCGCCGAACGGUACGAUGAACGGCCACGAUGGCCAUGAAGCCAAGGGAGAUGUGACGUCGGCCUUGAACGGCGACGCACAUGAGCUACCCAAUGGCCACGACCAUGAUCAUGAGCGACCAGCGAAGAGAAGACGAACAGGAGAAUCGACGCCCCAAGCCACGCCCAAAAAGCCCAAGAUCGAAUCGCCGCCGUGGAAGAAGAUAGGUGCUGACGGCCCGACCACCUUUACUGAGAACGGCCGACGCAAAUCUGGUCGCAUCAACACUCUACCCCUCGAACUCCAGCCCCAGGGCAAGACUCGAAUUACGAGGCGAUCUAUCGCUGGCGCGCAGUCGAGUCCGUCGAAACCGAAACCAGAACCUCAGCUGUCCAAUGGAAACUCGAGAAAACUACCGAAUGGCUCGCACAAGUCGACUCCCGCCACCAAAGCGCAGCCCAAGUCCACAGCCGCGUCCACCACGAAAUCUUCAUCCAAGAAACCCACAACAGAAAUCCGAACAUAUUCUCGCUCGAAUCGCCGUCGAAGUCCUUCUCCCCCACCUCCUCGAUCCUCAACCAGAACCCGACGAUCAGCGCGUUUUAGCGAUGCCAACGAAAAGACACAAGACUCGAAAGCUGCGCCUACUACCCGUUCCCCUCGAAUUAAGCUACGAGUUGGUCGGUCGGGCGAUAUUCCUCUCGUGCACCCUGAUCAGGUUCGCAAGAGACCCAAGAUUGGGACAAGCUUCGAAGACUUUUGGGCUCGAGGUGGGGACAUCCCUGUCGAGGAGGGUGGCCUGCAGGCGUCCGAAGAUGGCCCCUCAUACACUGAUGAGAUGGCUGAGAAGGAUGCUCAACUCAUUCUUCGAAUUGAGAAAGAAGUUGAAGAUGGUGGAAUGCUCGCCCAGGGGCGAUGCUCCAUAUUCCUACCAGAACCCGAGGAGGAGCCACCUCGACAGUGGGCUCGUCAGGACCACAUGGUCAAGGCCAUGAUGAACUUUCGCAAGCUCAUGCUAGCGGAGCAACAGCGACACCGAUCAACGGCCAAGAAGAUUGCUGAAGCCUGUCGUGACGAGUGGCUUCGGCGUCAACCCAAGUCUGCAGAAGAAGUCGAAGCCGAACAGAGGGAGAUAUGGAUAGCUCGGUACCGUACAGUGGCCAAGGUCAUGUUUGGCACAUGGGAGAAUGUUCGUGUCGAAGUCAAUCGCCGACGAUUGGUCGAAUGGGAACAAGAGGAGCAGAAGAGGGUCAAGGCAGCACUCAACGAAGCUGUGAACCUGUCCGAGCAGAAACUCCAAGCGCGGCGCACAGGAUUGGAUUCCGAGCAACCAUCAGAUGAAGAAGAUGGGUUUGACGAUCUCACCGACGAUAUGAGUCUAGCGGACGACGACGACGACGACGACUUGGGCCUUGCUUCAGACGAAGGCGACGACGAGGAUGAUGAUCCAGACAGCGACAUCAUGUCAUCUGACGAUGAAGGCGAGGAGGAGGAGGAAGACGCAAAGGAUUUGGGUGAUGAGAACUUGACCCAGGAACAGCUACGAGAAAAGUAUGCCCACAUUCCAGAUCUGGAGCAAACACCAGCGGAUACGGAGACACCGACAAGCGGACCGAACCACGAAGAUACAGAUGCUGCCGAUACCGCACAAGCUACCGAGAACCCGGAGUCGAGCGAUGAAUCCGUGGACAUGGACGACGAUAUGGGCUCAAGCGACAUGGAAAGCAACGAGGAGGCCGAAGACGACGAGUCGGAAGAGGAGUCAGAAGAGGAGGCAGGUGGUUUGCUGGGAUUGUUCUUUGGAAAAUCGGAGCUCAAGAAGAUGAACGACGAGGCUGGCGUGGAAACUCCAGCUGAUGACGAUGCUGAAAUGCCCGAUGCUGCGACCCAGGAUAAACCCGCCUUAGAAGACAAUGGCGAUUCGGAUCCAGAAGAUGAGAUGUCCUUGAUUCAGCUUCCGGAUCCAGACCACGCCGAACAUACUCAAAAUGGCGAACCGGCCGCUCAAGAGACGGAGACUCAAGCAUCGGAACCUGCGAAGCCUGAGGGAAUUCCCUCGGAUGAGAAGAAACUGGAGGAUGUACCCGCAGGCAGCGUCGAUACCACCGACGUGCUCACGCCCUCGAAGUUGGAGAAAGAAGCGAGCCACGAAGUCACUAUGACAGGCACCGACGAGAAACGCAGCGAGGAACAAGUCGAGAAACCUUCGGAUGUUGCAGGCCCAGAGAAACUGCCAAGCCCCGAGACCGAGCCAGUCACAAACCCACCCAGUCCCACACAUAGUCUGUCGCCUCCACCUACAUCGGAAACCAAGCCUUCGGAGCUCGAUACUGCGUCGUCUGCGGAGGCGCCUGCUAGCAAGCCUGAUGUGAGCGCAUCUACCUCACCCCAGCCUGUUGGGAAUCACAAGACCGAAGUGCCCUUCCUUCUCCGUGGGACACUGCGAGAAUAUCAACGCGAUGGCCUUGACUGGCUUGCCGGCCUCUAUGCCAACAGCACCAAUGGCAUCCUGGCCGAUGAAAUGGGAUUGGGAAAGACGAUUCAGACUAUCGCUCUUCUUGCACACUUGGCUUGCCAACACGAAGUAUGGGGACCACAUCUUGUUGUGGUGCCGACAAGUGUCAUGCUCAAUUGGGAAAUGGAGUUCAAAAAGUGGUGCCCUGGCUUCAAGAUUUUGGCUUACUAUGGCUCGCAAGAGGAACGCAAACGCAAGCGACAAGGCUGGAACAAUGACGAUGUGUGGAACGUAUGCAUUACUUCGUACCAGCUGGUACUCCAAGAUCAACAGGUGUUCAAACGGCGACGCUGGCAUUACAUGAUUCUUGAUGAGGCACACAACAUCAAGAACUUCAAGUCUCAACGAUGGCAGACUCUUCUCGGCUUCAACACACAUUCUCGACUUUUGCUUACUGGAACACCCCUUCAGAACAACCUUACAGAGCUUUGGUCACUUUUGUUUUUCCUCAUGCCGGCGGAGAAUGGCGUUGGCGGGUUUGCUGAUCUGCAGGAAUUCCACGACUGGUUCCACAAACCAGAGACCCAAAUUCUUGAGAGCGGGAGGGAACAGAUGGAUGACGAGGCCAGAGCCAUCAUAUCCAAGCUCCAUAAAGUGCUUCGUCCGUAUUUGCUUCGCCGUCUCAAAGCCGACGUUGAGAAGCAGAUGCCUGCCAAGUACGAACACGUCGAGUUUUGCCGACUCUCAAAACGUCAACGCGAACUCUACGACGGCUUCCUCUCCCGGACAGACACCAAGGCGACGUUGGCUUCGGGCAACUACCUUUCCAUCAUCAACUGUUUGAUGCAGCUUCGGAAAGUCUGCAACCACCCCGAUCUGUUUGUCGACCGACCAAUCAUGACGUCGUUCCGCAUGCAGAAAUCCGUCGUCUCCGACUUUGACGUGGUCGAGCAAAGGGUGCAGAGGCUGCUAUUGGCCCCGAAGCCUAUGAGCGCUGUCAAUCUAAACUUCCUUAACCUCAUCCCCACUCAUUAUGAGCACCUGACAACCACUCAAGCCGACCGGAUCGCUCAUUUGAGCUCGCACCGGGUGUUGAUGGAUCUCCGUGAGGUUCAAAGAACACGAGCGCAACAUGCGUACUCGACUCUUGACCCGUCGACGGUAGAAUCCAGCAUCGCUUAUCUCGAGAGUGGUGCAAGAUGGAGCCGGUUUGAGGAGCUUCAACACUGCGUCUACCUGAAUGCACUGCGGCGACAACAACGGCCAAUUUAUGGCAAGAACUUGAUAGACUUGCUCACCAUUGGCACCGACAAGCGACCCUACAAGCCGCGUCCCAAGGUUCCUCGUCAAAUUAUGAGUUGGUUCGAGGAUGAGUCGACCACCAUUCAAUCCAUGAUCCCCACCAUCAACCAUCGCGCCGACAGCUUCAAGACCAUCAUUGAGAAGUUCUCGUGUGUGACCCCGGCGGUUGUCACCAGAGACAUGGAGCAGUUUGUGCUCGGGCGCAAGGGCGUGCAAGCCUUUACAGAUGAAGACCUGAAGCUCUCAUCACCUGUUCGAUGGGCGCCUUUCUUGCCUAAGCAGUCGCCACCAGAUCCCUGGCAUGAGGGUCGGAUGAGACUCAGCAUCCAGUUCCCCGACAAGCGUCUACUCCAAUAUGACUGCGGCAAACUUCAAAUUCUGGACAAGCUGCUGAGGAAGCUCCAGGCUGGUGGCCAUCGUGCUCUCAUCUUCACGCAGAUGACCAAGGUUCUCGACAUUCUCGAACAGUUCCUCAACAUCCACGGCCACAAAUACCUCCGCCUGGACGGUGCCACCAAGGUCGAACAACGCCAAAUUCUCACAGACCGGUUCAAUCACGACCCUCGAAUCCUCUGUUUCAUCUUGUCGACUCGAUCGGGCGGUCUCGGAAUCAACCUCACAGGUGCCGACACAGUCAUCUUUUACGAUCAAGACUGGAAUCCUGCCAUGGACAAGCAAUGUCAGGAUCGAUGCCAUCGUAUCGGACAGACGCGUGAUGUUCACAUCUAUCGCUUGGUCAGUGAACAUACCAUCGAGGCCAAUAUCCUUCGGAAAGCAUCGCAAAAGCAGAUGCUCGACGAUGUGGUUAUCCAAGAGGGAGAGUUUACAACCGAUUACUUCAACAAAAUGUCGGUCAGGGAUGUCCUUGGCGACAAGGUCGACUCUACUAGUGAAGGCGUGGAUGCCGCUGAUGCUGCCCUGGACCGAGUUCUUGGUGGUCCCGAUACCAACUCAGACCAGCGAAGGGUUGGGCGAGCACUUGAGCAAGCCGAAGACAGAGAGGAUGUUGCAGCCGCCCGCGUGGCGGAGAAGGAGAUCCAAGCUGACGACGCCGAUUUCACCGAGAAACCCAGCAAUACCGCUUCUGGGACUUCGACGGCGCGACAGGGAACACCAGCUGGCAAGUCGGUGCUGGAUGGAGGACUCGAUGAGGUUGACACACCUCAAGCGGAACAGAUUGUGGAGUACAACGCAUGGGGCGACAAGAUGCGCACCAUUGACGAUUACAUGCUGAGCAUCAUGGCAGAGCAGCUCAAGGGCACCAAGCUCGAGUUGCCCAAGGACAAAAAGAAGGGCAAGAAGAAGGGCAAGGACACACGCAAACGAUGA